CCUCCAUGUCACCUGCUCAUUUACAUCAAUAUGCCGCUUCGCUUAACCAGGGACAACUAUCUGAAUCGCUUCCAUCUAGUCAGGUGCGGUACUGCUGCUUCUUUUGGUGUUUCACCGCCCGGAUCUCGACAUGGUAGCCAGGAGUCUUUAAAAAAAUAUAAUGCAAUCAAUACGCUUAGUGCAUUACAAACUCCCACAUCAGUAACUCGGGAAGCUGUUGUAGCCGCUCAAAAGAAAAAGGGCAUCAAAUCAAGCUUAGGAAGACUUUUUAGUAAAAAGGAAAAGUGUAAAACAGGUAAAGAUUCUUCUAUGUCUGAUGGAUCAGUUAGUAUGAUGUCCAUGAGUGGCCUAUCACUCAUUAGUGAUGUCGAUUCAAAUUAUGAUACAAUCACAGUAUACAAAAUGCCUGGUAAAACAACGUCAAUCGACUAUUGUAGACAGAAAAAGAAAGAACAUGAUUAUCGACAUGAUUUGCUGGGUGAAGCCAUGAAAGCCGGAACUCCAUUUGCUCUAUGGAAUGGACCAACAAUAGUCGCAUGGUUGGAACUAUGGGUUGGUAUGCCAGCCUGGUAUGUCGCUGCUUGUAGAGCUAAUGUUAAGUCAGGAGCAAUAAUGAGUGCAUUAAGUGAUACCGAAAUCCAGCGCGAAAUUGGCAUCAGUAAUCCUCUACAUAGAUUGAAGCUAAGAUUGGCAAUACAAGAAAUGGUAUGCUUGACAUCUCCAUCUGCUCCACCUACAACUCGAACAACUUUAGCGUUUGGUGAUAUGAACCAUGAAUGGAUAGGAAACUACUGGUUACCUGGACUGGGCCUUCCGCAGUACCGAACAACAUUUAUGGAAUGCCUUGUGGAUGCCCGAAUGCUGGACCAUUUGAACAAGAAAGAUCUCAGAGGACAGCUCAAAAUGGUAGACAGUUUUCAUCGAACUAGCCUCCAAUAUGGGAUUUCCUGCCUAAAGCGGUUGAACUACGACAAGAACAUCCUCGAAGAAAGGAGAAAAGCGUCAGAAAACACUUCGGAUGAUGUUUUAGUAUGGAGCAAUGAUAGAGUAAUACGUUGGAUCCAGUCGAUAGGUUUAAAGGAAUAUGGAAAUAACUUGUUAGAGUCUGGUGUACAUGGAGCGCUCGUUGCGCUGGAUGAAGGUUUUGAUGCUAAUUCAUUAGCAUUAGCCCUUCAAAUUCCAACACAAAACACUCAGGCAAGGCAAACACUAGAGGCAGAAUUUAACAAACUUCUCGAAUUUGCCACAGAUAGGCGAAUAGACACUGAUCAACUAAAGUCUUGACACAAUGCAAAUAUAUCUAGUCUACAAGAAUAAUAAAAACAUGAAACUAAUAUAAAUAAUACUAGCAAUUGUCAUUAGUCAUGCCUUAAGGCAAUAUAAUAGUAAUCUUUAUUAUCUCUGUAAAUAUUUGAUAAAUUUUAAUGAUAGCAAACUACACUUAAGAUUAUCUAUUACAAUGUAUUAUAAACAGAUAGGAUGAAAUUAAAUUAACAUGGCAUAACGAGCAGUAUUCAAACACAA